AAAACUGGACAGUAUUUCUACUUUCUAGUCUGGCAACAUUAAAUCAAAUGCUAUUUUGAUUUUUGCUUCCCGCCGGCUUUGACGGUUUUGCUUUUUGCACGUGCAAUUUUAUUUUCACCAAAUUAAAUUCGCGUAAUGGAAUAGGUACUCGAGUUUCAUCUAAACUAAGUGAAGACUUCGAUUGAUUUUUGCCCACAUGAUACAAUGUCCCCCUCACCUCCAAUUCGCUGUCGUGGGACGUGGAAAUUACACAAACGCUCGUCGGAACAGGACAGAUGGCUAGACGAGAUGGGAUUUUUCCGAAAACAUACUGCUAGGGAUUCCAGCUGUUUGUUCAGAGCAAUAUCUGAGAAUAUCUAUAACACCCAGCGGUACUUCCAUAAGGUCCGCCUGGACUGUGUACAGUUCAUGGCAACAGAAAGGCACUUAUUUGAAGGGUCAUUGACUUGUCCUUUUGAGAACUAUCUGAAGGAGAUUGCGAACCCCUCAGAAUGGGGUGGCCUUCUUGAGAUAUCUGCUAUGAGCCACCUUUACAGACGAGACUUUGUAAUAUUUGAAGCUAACAAGGGCCCACAAAGUAAGAUAUGUAAUGGCUACGGCAACACCAUAUAUCUGUUCUAUUCCCCUGACACCAAGCACUUUGACGCAGUUUACACAAAAGAAUUCAUAAACACAUCAUCGUUUUGCCAAUCUGUGGUAUAUGAAAUUCUUUACGAUGGAGUAUAUCAACUGAAAGACCUGCCAUAUGCUGUUGACAAAAUGCUGCAUGACAAAGUUCCCAGCAAUCACAUUGAAUACUUUAUGUCUGAAAAUGUUGAGAGGCGCAAGAAACAGAAAGAGAAAGCCAAAGUCUUCAUUGAAUCUGCCAAUGAGGAGGACAAGGACAAACAGACAAAUGCUGUCACACUCAAGUGCAAGCAUCACACUGAAGACAUUGAAAGAGCAAGUCUUCUCAAGGAAUCCCUCAGCAUCUUUGUCUUCAAUCGCAGCCUGAUCCAACUAGAGAAUGUCUGUCUGAACUGCCUGAAUGUGAACAGUGCUAAAGACCUUCUCGAUCACGGAAUCACUCCCUUCCCAUACAAGGUUGCCAAGGCCCUAGACCCAGACAUUUAUAGGAACAUUGAAUUUGAUGUCUGGAGUGAAGUGAGACGAGAAUUACGUUACGGUGGAAGAUAUUCAGAUGGCACCACCCUUCAGGUGGGUGUGAAGUGCCUGUGCAAACUGCAGCCUGAUCAGUCGGUUCCAUACCAUUGUCACAUCCAAGAGAUGCGUCCCGACGGAGGCCCGUGCCUAGUAUUCAUUGAGGAAUUGGGCGAGAAACGUGUAGUGGACUUUGAACAGCUGGAGCCAUUGCCCCUGGAGGAAGUGCGCCCCUGGGCCCCACCGUACAGAUACUCGCGGUCCAACUCACAAUUCUUGACUUUAAGCCAAAUGUUGCAACAAAUAGGCAGCAUCACCCGUAAGCAAGGAUUGGGUAAGUCCCGUAAAAGCAAGGCCCCCAUUGAAGAACCACAGAAACCGCCAGAAAAGGUUACCAGUCUCCCCAAGGAGGAAACCCUGCUACCCUGGGAUGACGAUAAUCCGAAGUCCAUCGAUAGUGAUUACGAAAUGGACUCUUACAUGCCAGAGAAUAACGUUAACUUUUCCAUGUACCAGCACCUGGACCUGGUCAACUUUGAACCGAUGCCAAUCUCUAUCCUCGCUGCCCCCCUGAUGGUGGACUGCCGGCCGGCGGGCGCGGCGCCGCACGAGCUGCCGCACAAUGGACCAGCCACCGAGACCCACCACGGACCCUCGCCCCGGAUUGCGGGCGCGGGCGGAGAGCCGGGCGGGCCGGGCGCGGCGCCCUCGCCCGGGGUGCGCGCCUCCACGCCUGCCGCCGCCAACGCUGUCAACACUUAUACUGGCGGCAUGAACCCCGCCCCAGUAGCCUACGCGGGCGUGGGCGCGGCGCCCUACGUGUGCGGCAUGAAGGUGUGGUGCGCGCCGCCGCCGCCGCCGCCGCCCGCCGUCAACCCGCAUGUUUACAAGAGCGUGCACGCUAAUGGCGCCGAUCUGCCCAUUAAUGACAUCCCGACGCUCCGCUACUACUUCAACCUGGGCGUGGAGUGCAUGUGGGCCGCGUACGGGCCGCCGCCGCCGCAGCCGCCGCCGCGACACUACUCGCCGAGGGACCUCGCUCAGGACAUGCAGCAGAUAUCCCUGCACGAGCGUCCGGCCAUGGCCCACAACGGGCCCGAGCAGGGCCACAAGCACAAGCCGCCGCCGACCAACGACAACAAGGGGAACGGACAGAACAAGGGCAACGGACAACGGCCUCUGUUGGGACCCAGGUUCAAGCGCGGCAACAACAACCAAGAUGGCGGAAACGGGAACUCCAACAACCACCAGAACAAGGGCCACAACAACACCGGCAAUAAGGGACCUAACAACCGUCGCAACUCAACAACCGACCGCGGCUACCCCGAGGCGGACAUCCCGCCCGAGCCCCCGCUGCUGGCGCUGCCGUACAUGCCGUACCCGCCGCCGCCCGUGUACCCUGUGCCCUACUACCCCAUCGAGGCCGGCCCCGGUGCGUACCCCAUGUACUACCCCGUCGAGAAUGAACAGGGUAUGAUGGGCAUGGUAGGCGGGGUCGGCUAUGUGCCCUACGAGGAAGGCGUGGAAUACGGCGCCCCCAUGCAGUACUUGCCGCCCUACCCGCCCCCGCGCCCCCCGCACCACAUGCCCGAACACUAAGCCGCCUACCCGACCAACUGUAAUACCAAACAUGCUAAGCGAAACUUCAUUAUCUUCCUACACCUCUUUAAUUUGGCUGCGUAACUUAAAUACAGAUUUUAUGACCACAGCAUUAGCCCAAGUUAUAGUUGUGCACAUUGGUUACAUAUGGUUGCCAUUCAUAUUGUUAUUAAUAAUUUGAAUUGCUAUCAGAAGUGGGUAGAAGAUGGAUGAUCGACAGUCACUCGAGUAGAUUAAACUUCACUGGUAUUGAAACAAAAGUAAUUUAAUUAUGACAAUGAAAGCAGUUUUGAGUUACCCAAUAACUAUUAAUAUUUCAAUUGGUUAAUGUUGAUUUUCUUAUCAAUGUAAUAAAGACGGUGAAGUUUCUUCUACGAAAAACUAUGACGUGUCGAUUAAAAUUGUGUUAGAGAUCUCGCGAAAACUUCUUUUCAUUUUCAAAUUGUUAAGAAACCAAAUCCAUAAGCAAAUAUUACGUUUACUUCCAUUCAUUACAAUUAACUCAUAGUGCCUGCAGGCAGGACCCACGACAAAACAUUGACUAAAAUUCAUAUUUUUCGCGAGAUCCCUUUCCUCUUGAAAGCAAAAUAAGGACUUGCUUGUGCCAAAUACAUGUAAAGUCGUCUUUUCUGGUCCAAACUUUAUAAACUAGUUUUCAGUUAUCAAAAGAAUUCAAACAUAUCUUAACUUUGGCUCAAGCUAACAACGAAAAUGCUCAUCGAACACGGUAUACGAUAUAUAAUCUCACACUGAUAAUUUAUAUUGAUAUUUCUUUUUGUGAUUCCAAUUUUUUGUUACAAGAAUAUUGUUUUACCAUUUACUUAAAUUGGUGUGAUUUUAUACAAAGCUGUCGUGUGUAGUCGCCGGUUCAAAACCUAUCUGCGACACGGGGACUCGAGUUAAUCUACAGGAAUACAUGUCAAUUAUUAUUCGUGUAUUUUAGAAAUGAUUAGAAUGCUUCCCUGUUGACAGAUGUUUGAGCUAAGUGAGCCGGCUAAUACACACACAGCAGACGAUUUGGUUGUUGUUGUUUAUUGUUAAAUACCUUCGUUGAUAUACAUAAUAAAUGUGACGAUGUAUGAAUAUUAAGUAUAUGUAUUGUCUACAUGUCUAUAUUAUAAACUGUAACAGUGUGUGUAAAAUUCCAUGUAAUUGUCUGUACUUAUGUGUAUCUAACAACCUUGUAUGGAGGGAGCGAACUUGACGAUUUCGAUUGAUGUAAACAUUCCGCACACUUUUCAGACUGAAUGAAAUUAAAUUGUUCACGAUCUAUUAGGCCUUAAACUUAAAAUUCAAUGUUGAAAACAGUUUUUUAAAAAUAACAUUUGUGAUGAGAACGACUGAUCACUUUAGCGUUUUUAAACGUUUUUAUCAAUAUAAAAAUGACGUAAUUUUGGAACUUCGGAUCCCUACGUGUUCACUGGUGCUGCAGAAUGUUAAGGGGACAGGGUCACAUAUUUUUCUAGGAGUCGGCUUAGAAUACAUACAAGUUGUAGCGCAAAGCUGUAUAUCAUUCCUUGUAACGAGUACAUUUAAGCGAUUUAUACCUAGUUUUUAUCACUCAAAUUUAAGGAUUCCUCUACAUUUCCUAAGUUUUCAACUAAGUCUUCUCUCUGCCACAAAAUAUGAGUUUAAGGUUAAGACAGUUAAAAAGUCAUUAAAAAGUAAAGGAUUUAAGCUGAACGAUAUUUCGUUGUUUGUGUAUGUUUAGUUUAACUAGUAUAAGUUACAUUGUUCAUCUCCACUAAAUUUAGGAUAAUACUUAAAAAGUAGGUUUACUUUACCAUUUAAGAUCCUGAGAUCUCAAGUUCAGAGUAACGUUUGCUUAAUGUAACCCUCUUGUAUCGAUAACACCGUUAUGAAUCUCCACAACAAUAGUAUUUAGUUGAAAACAUACGUAUCCUAUUUGAUCUCAUCUUGGGAAACUGGUAUAUCAGUAACAAACCUCGGUGCUUGGGUAGUUUAUUCUAUUAUUAAUAUUACCUUUAUAUUUCUAUACAUUCUUACAUUGACUUAAACUGACGAGAUCAAAAUUUAUUGUAGCUUUGGUAAAAAACCUAGUCGUCGCAUUUAAUUUGGUUAAGGGUCCGCUUUGUGAAAGUAAACUGAAACAAUAAUAUUGUGUCAAAUUAUUUGGCUGUGACUCGAAUGUAAUCUCGGAAAUUAAAGCUAGAACGAGAAAGUGCAGAGCAUUGAUUACAUCAGAGGAAAAUUAUACGGACACAAUCUAAUCUAACAUAACUAUUUAACUAUAAACCGACCAUAUUUUGUGAACACAUCCGCCCAAAUCUGAAAAUACCUACUAUUUACACACAAACCUCACCGAUUAUAAACAUUUGUAAUCUUCACAAGUAAAAUGUCUACUUAUGCGGUAUGAAACAACAGAACUUUAUAAAACUUCUUACAGUAUACAUAGUCAGUGUACCUUCUAUAUACGAAUAUUUUUAACGUAGAUUUCAGUCAAUACCUUUUAUAAAUGUGUACAAUAUGUUAAAAAAAUAAAAGAAAAACAACAAAAAAAUAUUUAAUUAUCUAUGUGUUGUGUAGGUGUGUAUAAUAUUCCGUAUAAAGUUUCAGUAUUAGUUUGUAAAACCUCUAGGAGUUAGAUUUUAUUUUAGUCGUUAAUUAAUGUUUAAACUUACCAUAGAGUAGUGUUACUUUUUUUUAAGAAUACUUUCAGUUACUUUUACCGUGAAAUGUAUCAAUUUACCGUAGUCAAAUGUGUCGUGCCAAUAUUCAAAGUGUAUUUUUUGAUUUAGAUGUGGCAGAUUCGAAUCAAUGGUUGUUGUCUGACAAAGAACAAACAAUGUGUUUUUUCGCUGUUAAAUGUAGUAAUACUUACCUAAAUGUUCAAUUGUGUUGUGAAUAUUACAUACAAAUAUAUAUCAUAUAUAUCUAUCGUAUAUAAUAAUAAAAGGUAUAUAUCUUAAAACUGUACCCGACUUUGUGAAAUUGUCCGCCUUUGAGGUGAUAUUGUAUUUUUUUCCAAAUUCCAUCCAAUAAAAGUAUACUGAUUUUUCAAA